UUUAAUAUUUAUCAUUUAUACAUUUGACCUACUCAAAAUGGCGGAUAAUAACUUCACAUGUUAUCACUAGUUAGCAAUCUAGUUUAUUAUCUAUAUCUGUGGUAGAUAAUGAAAUAAUGUUGAUAAAAUAUUAACUGAUAAAGUGAUAACGAUUUUCAAUUCCCAAUAUUUCAAAUAUGGCUUUUUUAAAUUUAAAACAAUUCAAAUUAUUUAUCCAUUCUAUGAACUAUCCACGAUUUGAGCCAGCAACAAAAUAUAAUAAAUUUUUUUCAUCUGGAGCUGUUCUUACAUCUAAUGAAAAUAUUAUUUAUCCAAAUGUUAAAACAUUCAAGCACCAGCAUAUUACUUUAAUAUCAUUGAAUAGACCAGAUGAUAAAAACACAUUAAAUGUGGCAACUAUAGAUGAUUUAAGAAAAGUUAUUUCAACUUUUGAGAAUGACCCUUCAUCGACAAUUGCUGUUCUAUAUGGAGAAGGGGGAUCAUUCUGUGCUGGGUUUGACCCUGGUGAAUUGUCCGAGCCACCACAAGACUUUUUGCAAUCAUAUUGUAAAAAGCCAAUUAUAGCUGCUGUUUCUGGGUUUGCAUACAAUAUUGGUUUCGACUUGUGUUUGUGGUGUGAUUUGCGCAUUGUAGAAGAGAAUGCUAUCAUGGCAAUCGAUAGAAAAUUAAAUAUUUCAAAUUCAAAAAUAUUUAUCAAAAGGCUUUUAAGAACAAUAGGUUAUUCAAGAACUAUGGAUCUAUUAUUAACCGGCAGAGAUAUAAAAUCAAAAGAAGCAUUUGAAUGUGGUCUUGCAAACCGUGUUGUUGCAUGUGGAUCAAGUGUUGGUCAAGCAGUAAAUAUGGCGUUUAAUAUUGGUAAAUUUCCACAACAGUCAAUGAACUACGACAGAAGCUUAGUACACGAAAUUACAUCAGAAUAAUUUUGUAUUAUACAAGGUUAGAUAGUUAAAUGUUCAAGGACACAAUCAGUACCUGCCCUACUGUCUUGGACCUUGGGGGUGAUAACAAUGCACCUUCGUUAUAUCCCAUGCUAGACCCUAGCAUGGGGUUUAUGAAUCCCACAUUAAUUUUCUUAUAUAUUAAAAAAAAACAAAUACCUAAUUUUAAUAUUAUAAUAUAUAAUAUAUUAUACUUUAAUAUUUUACUGUGAACUGAGUAUUGUAAUAUGGAUUAGUUAAUUCAAAUUUUUAGAGUCUAUUAACGUGAUCAAAGAGACAUAACAAGGAGUGUACUUUAAUAGUUAUAUCACAAUUUCUUAAUGAUUUCAUCAACUAAUACAUCAUGAUUAUGUUCUCUAUUUUUUAAAAUCACUGUUUUUAAAUUACCAGUUAUUUUCAAAGUAACAACGCACUUACCAUUUGUGUAACCAAAACUCAUUUGUUUUCUCUAAAAUCUAAAUUCAUAAAAUGUAUAAUUGUUAAUCAC